AUGCCUCAAGUCCUGGACCGAGAAAAGUGGGGGGCGGAGAGCCCUUACCACUUCAUCACCUACGAGUCCGCGAGGUACCUAGAUGCCACAGCGCAAGACGACCUCAGCAUCAUGACCAUUGAGGACAUGUGCGACUCGGAAGUCGCGUCCAAGUUUACCGACUGUUUGGAAGCCCCUCGGAGCAUCAUUGCCAACCUCGACGAGCUGGAUGCGAAGCGCCGUGAUAUCCGAAAGCGGAUCAUCCAGGAUCUAACCGACUCUGACGACGCCGAUCCUGAUGGUCUCACUCGUGCAAUGUCCAACAUGCUGCCAUUGUGGGGAGACACGAGCGCCUUCUCCAAAUCGACCGUCAAAGAUUUGAACGAGUACAAGACUUCACUCUCCUCCGAGGGCAUACAACCCAUCCUCAAGCUACUCUCCGGCAGCUUGAUUCGCCGCAAGCACACCUCCCAUGGCCGGGAUGGUGGACCAUUGAACGACCUCCUGCCCAUCCAGCCGACACCCGUUUGGGUCACUCUGAACCUGGAAACCAAGGCAUGGUAUCAGCAAUUCAAGAAGAACAAUAAGAAACACAACUUUGCGACAAAGGAGCGCAUGGCUCUUCGCUUUGGGCCCGAGAUUGCACCCGGUGGUGUUUACGACCACGACAAGUGCCCAGAAGUUAUCGAGGCCAUGUGUCAGCGUAUUCUCGACGACUUUGCCAAGGCAGGAGACGAGCCUCCCGAGGCACGAGGCAAAGUAGUCAUCACCAUCAAGUGGACGUCUGGUCUGUCGUUGCUUCUGGCUCACAUGUCCAAGUUCGGUCUCUUCGCCAUGGUCAUGACUGGCGAGCACACUGCCGACGAGCGUCAUCUGAAGCAACAGCCGUUUCAGGCGCCUGAGCCUCACAUGUCGGAGCCAGUGGCGGUUCCCUCAAAAGACGGACUCCGCUUGGAGGUCUUGCCUCCAGUACCGUGCAACAUUUUCAUCCUAUCAGAAGUCGGUCUACAUGGAAUCAAUCUCACCAAUGCCACUUCGAUUCACCAGCUCGACUCGCCGUGGUCGUGGUCGGCUGUCGACCAGACAAUGGGUCCGCCAAUCGAAUCGGACAGCAACGCCGAGUCAAGUUCUUCCUCUACUACACCGAGGACACGGUCGAGCCCCUGA